ACGAAAUCUAGUAGCUCUUGAAAUCUGCAGCAAAGCAAAAUAUUUAUUGAAGAUUUUGGUGAUUCAAUGAUUAUCAGUGGUGUUUAAUAAAUAAAAUAGGGCAAGUUAGAAGCUUUAAAUCAAUAAUCUCAUAUUAAAAUAAAAGGAAUUUGACUAUUUCAAGUUGGAAAGUUAUUCUUGGAUUCUUCGUUGCAGCGAGUGAGCACUUCUGCUACAGCUUCUGCUUCUGACGCUUGGACUAGAGAUUUCAGCCACUCAGGAAACGCUUGUUCAGUGAUUGGAGAAUUUCGUUUGAUUAUUUGCGACGAUUGGUCAUUACUUAAAUCUUCCAGUAAAAAGCACAGUAUGAACCCAUGCGCGGCAGUUUCAGAGUUGCUUGAAAUUUUGAGUGUCUAAAUUUUUAAAUUACCGAGAUGUCAGUGUUUUUUCAAGUUUCAGACAAUGAGGUUGAAGGCUCAGCCUCGGUGUCAAAUGGCGGUGAAGGCUCAGAUAGUCAGAAGAUGGGCCAAUUGUCCGAAGCCAACCAACAGCUGGCCGUAUUUUGGCCCAAGGUUACUGAGGAGAUUCGCAAAAUCGGACAAGUUCGUCUGGACGUGAAGACGCAGGCCCUGCCUUUGGCUCGCAUCAAGCGCAUAAUGAAGCUGGACGAUGAGGUGAAGAUGAUCUCAGCCGAGGCACCCAUGCUCUUCUCUAAGGCGGCCGAGCUCUUCAUUCACGAGCUCACUCUGCGAGCCUGGGUACACACCGAGGACAACAAGCGGAGAACACUGCAGCGCAACGACAUAGCGAUGGCGGUGACCAAGUACGACCAGUUCGACUUCCUGAUCGACAUCGUGCCUCGCGACGAGGUCAAGCCGCCUCCCCGACACACGGGCGGGGGUGGGGGUGGUGCCGCCACUGAAACCAGGACCUCAAUGAAUCCCGAUCAGAUCCACUAUUACUUCCAACUGGCCCAACAACACCAGGCUGCCCUUCAGCAGAACACGACCACCAACAGCACACCACAAACCAUACAAGUGGUGCAACCCGGCACAGGCCAGAUACAGGCCGUUACUGUUCAAAGCCAACCCGAACAGCAGCAGCAGCAACAAGGAGCGACGACGCAGCCGCAGGUGAUUCAGAUCCAAGGUGCGACUGCGACGGCGACCGAGGCAGCCGCUCAGCCCAACAUACAGAUUCUGCAACAGGUGGUCACUCCCACCGGCCAAGUGCAACAGAUUCCGCUGCAGUUGAAUGCGCAUCAAAUGCAGAUGAUUCGAAUGCAGCUGCAAGGCAACAACACACAGCCUCCCAUCAUCUUACAAGCCGCAGCGGCAGCCCCUGCUCAACCUCAACUUAUCCAGGUUGCUCAACCCAACACAAACCAAGGAACAGUGUUUCUUUCACAAGCGGCCACCACAAAUAACUCUGGGACAAGUGGCGAUUGAUGAGACAUAUCUAGUUUGAUGGACAAAGAUCUCCGCUGAACCAAUUGUGAGAUUGAUUCUUAACUGUGGCAUUAACCAUGCUAACUCAUAAAUGUGUCUUUUGUAAAUAUUCAAGAUAUUGAACGUUGGACUGAAGAACUUUUCUGUGAUCAGAGUUCAUAUUUUGCAAUGUGUGUACAGUAUUAGUUUAGUACAAUAUUGAUGUAAUUUUUGAUAAUAGAUAGUUGAAGUUUUCAAAAUC